UGAGCACCAGCACCAAACGAGAGUUCUUCCUUUUUUGUUUUUUAUAUCUCUGAACUAAAACACAGUCGUUAUGUUGUGCCAAUAAUUCUGAUCGGCAAUUAGCCCCAAAUCGUGGGGUUAGGGUUUCCUCAGCAUCAAUGGCUUCGAAUUCGAUCGACGACGAUGCCGUAUCGGGCUCGAGGCUCUGCGUAAACGACGCGUUGACGGACGACGAACUGCGUUCGAUUCUGGCGAGGGUGGAGAGCGAGAAGGACAAGGAGGUGUUCGGGUUGGUGUGCAAGAGAUGGCUUCGGUUGCAGAGCACCGAAAGGAAGAAGCUUGCCGCACGUGCUGGUCCUCACAUGCUUCAGAGAAUGGCCGAUAGGUUCACACGCUUGUUUGAAUUGGACCUCGCACAGUCCGUAUCUCGUUCCUUCUAUCCUGGGGUCACCGAUUCCGAUCUUGCUGUCAUCGCCAAUGGGUUCAGAUGCUUGAGGGUCCUCAAUUUGCAUAAUUGCAAAGGAAUUACAGAUGUUGGAAUGAAAGCAAUUGGUGAAGGUCUUUCGUUAUUGCAGUCCUUGGAUGUAUCCUACUGCAGAAAACUAACUGAUAAGGGGUUAUCAGCUGUUGCCGAAGGCUGUUGUGACUUAAGGAUAUUGCAUCUUGCUGGCUGCAGAUUUGUUACUGAUGGUAUAUUAGAAGCUCUUUCCAAGAACUGUCAUAAUUUACAAGAGUUGGGAUUGCAAGGGUGCACAAGUAUUAGUGAUAAUGGACUGAUCAACCUUGCAAGUGGUUGUCAACAGAUCAAGUUUUUGGACAUCAAUAAAUGCAGUAAUGUCAGUGAUGUUGGGGUUUCUAGUAUUUGUAGCGCUUGUUCUUCUUCUCUCAAGACAUUGAAAUUGUUAGAUUGCUACAAAAUUGGGGAUCAGACCAUAUUGUCCUUGGCCAAAUUCUGUGAUAAUCUGGAGACUUUAAUCAUUGGUGGGUGCCGGGAUGUCUCCGAUGAGGCGAUUAAGUCGUUGGCUAAUGCUUGUAGAAGCAACCUUAAAAACUUGAGGAUGGAUUGGUGUUUAAACAUUUCUGAUUCUUCAUUGAGCUGUAUUUUAAGUCUAUGCAGAAACCUUGAGGCACUGGACAUUGGUUGCUGUGAAGAGGUGACCGAUGCUGCUUUUCAGCUUGUAAGCAGUGAGGAGGCUGGUUUGAGUUUGAAGGUUUUGAAGGUUAGUAAUUGUCCAAAGAUCACAGUGGCAGGUAUAGGCAUUCUUGUGGGUAAAUGCACUUAUCUGGAAUACUUGGAUGUGAGGUCAUGCCCACAUAUUACAAAGGCUGGCCUCGAUGAGGCUGGUUUCCAUUUUCCUGAAUGCUGUAAAGUUAAUUUUAAUGGUAGCAUUGGUGAGCCUGGUGUGCUUCUUUGAUACUAAAAUUAUUUUUGAAGAUUGGCAUCUUCAUAAGAUCUUCCUAUGUGAACUUUUUUGAUAAGGCGUGCCUUUGGAAAUUUGAUGAGAAUAUUUGUUAGUUUGUUGUGCAUCCAAUGUAUUAUGUAUGUGACUGUACCAUCUGGUAUUGGUAAUUUUUUGAUCGGCUCAGUUGUACAUUUUACAAUUGUU